AUGAAAUCAAUUCUCCGGCAAACCUUGUCUCUUUGCACCGCUACACUCGCUGCUCUUGCCAAGACCAACCCCACACAGCAAGAAUUGCUUGUCAGCGAGGAUAUUAUGGCCCAACAAGACAACAUGGUCCCUGGCCAUAACGAUGCCAUCUACGACACCGUGCCCAAGGAUAAUCAGAUAUUCAAGAUCGAGUUUCUUGAGAUUGCCCCGACACCUAUUAUCGCUGAUCGUGUCUUCUUCGUCUACCUGCGCGGUUACCUGCCUGAAUCUAAAAAGAAGGAGCUGGCACUUCCUGACGAGGGCCUGGUCAAUGCGACCCUCAAAGUGAGCGCCUCUGCUGUCUACCCCGAUGGUAGUCAUGGCAAUGAAGACUCCACUACAGGGCCAUUGAAGACUACGCCCUUUAAUGAUCUAGCCCACCUCACUAUUCGUAACGCCCGUGGGGUUCAGGUUGACUAUAUGCCUAGUAGCGACCGCAGUGAUAUUUUACUAGAUUUUCAGAUUCCUACAAUGUUUUUGAGGAGUGGUAUGUGGACUUACAAGGUUGACGCGAGAGUCGGAGAUGUAGACAAUACGUGCCUAUUUGCUAUGACAUUGACACAAUGGUUAGAGGGGGGACUUAGGUAG